CAUCGUGCUCAUGUUUACGUUUUCUCAUUCAUUGGUGCUCUCCCGCUUCUAUGCUAUGCAUACAGGUUGUUGACGUUAUGACCUUUCCUCCGCAGUGCACAGUCCACGCUUUCUUUUUGCUUCGAGAACAUGGUUGACAAAAAGAUACUUAGCAUUGGUUUGGUGUGUUUGGAUAUCAUUAAUGUUGUGGAAAAAUACCCGGAAGAAGAUAGCGAUAGCAGAUGUUUAUCUCAGAGAUGGCAGAGAGGAGGAAACGCAUCAAACACGUGCACUGUUCUGUCUCUGCUCGGGGCUCCGUGUGCUUUUAUGGGCUCAUUAGCGCCUGGACCAGUUGCUGAUUUCAUCUUGAAUGACUUUCAAAUGUACAAGAUUGACAUCUCUCUUCUUCUGGAGCAUGCCGAAUGCUCUUUUCCAGCCUCUGUAGUUAUCAGCAAUGUGAGGACAGGGAGUCGCACAAUUCUGCACAUGAACAGUUUCAUCGUGGGGGAUUUUGCACGGCGUGGGGUGGACGUUUCUGGUGUGGCUUGGCAACAGAGGGGCGAGACCCCGUGUGCCUGUUGUGUGGUUUGUCCUACCACGGGCUCUCGUACUGUUGUGCUCUCAGACACAAACUUACCAGAUGUUUCUGUACAAGACUUCUCAAAGGUGGACCUGAGCCAGUACAAGUGGAUCCACUGGGAGGGCCGUAAUGCUGAAGAACAAGUGAAAAUGAUUGAGGGUGUGAGAGAGUACAACAGCAAACAGGAAGAGAAGAACCAAAUCACCAUCUCUGUAGAAAUAGAGAAGACGAGAGAACCUCUUUACCAGCUGUUCCCUCAUGGUGAUGUGGUGUUUGUUAGUAAGGACGUGGCCAGACACUUCAGGUUUGAUUCGGCCGCCGCUGCACUGAAAGGCUUCAGCAGUCGUCUAAGAAAGGGGGCUACCCUCAUUUGUGCCUGGGCAGAAAAGGGUGCCGAUGCCAUGGGUCCUGACGGCACAGUCAUCCAUUCAGAUGCAUUCCCUCCAGAGAAGCUUGUUGACACACUGGGAGCCGGAGAUACGUUUAAUGCGUCUGUGAUUUAUACUCUUGCAAAUGGGGGCAGUCUGCAGUCUGCGCUCACAUUUGGCUGCCAGAUUGCAGGCAAAAAAUGUGGCGUUCACGGAUAUGAUGGAAUCGUAGAGUGAGCAUGGUGAAGUGCACAGCUGGAAUGUGACACAGACAUGGAUUAUAUUAUGAUUUACUGGGAAACAAAUGAAAAGACUAAGGAAAGAGUGUAAUAUAGUCGUAAGUAAUAACAGCAUAUUCUAAUUAUGCAUCUGUAUGUUAAAUUAAUGUAGAAGACUUCUUAUACCUGCAUAUGUGCAAUAACGCUAAAGUGAAAUGACUAAAGUUCUGUUUAUAUGCGGCUUAUUGAGAAAAUUACUUUUAAUGCCUAAUUUUGACCUCAAUACUACAUAAUACUUGUAUUAGAACCAGAUGCAGCAGUGUUAUAACAAGGAGGCAAACGGAACCAGUGAAAUACCACGUGAAGAGUUGGUUAAGGUAGUUUACAAUGAUUUAAAAAUGGUCAUAAAGCAGCGCUGAAGAGUCAAUAAGUGAGUAUUCUGUAAGAGUUCACUUUUACAGGCAUUAGGGAGGUUUGUUUUGAGCUCUGAAGUGCAAAGAUGUUGUUGCCUGGUUUUUACUGAAGUGUUGGCAGGCAUCUCCGCUGCAUUGGGGAGCACACGUGUUGGAGAAAAGGAAGAGGACCAAAGUGUAUAAGGGUGAAAGACAAACAGGAUAUGUGACAUUUUCCCACCCAGUAUCGUUUAGACACAGCUGGCCGACACUACACGGAUUCUUUCACCCCACCCAGAGUGUAAUAAUGACACGCUGUCUGUCUGUAACAUGAAUACUGACUGUGUUGAGGUUAUCUAAGGAAAAGUCUAAAGAAAAUGGUGGUCGUUGUCUACGUUUGUCUACAUUUUGAUGCAUAUCGAAUAAUCAUUUUUCUGAUAUUGGAUGACCUCAUUUUUCAUGCAAAUUACACAAGUUUCCCCUUCCACAUAUAUGGGCUGUUUGGGCAGGUAAAAUACAGUUAUACACCAAAAGGCUGUUUAUCUAUCAGCAAUAUUUCAGAAUACAGUGACCUAAUGUAAAGAAUGACUAUGAAAAAAGUUUUUAAAAAAGGCCUUUAGGCUUCACCAGGUUAUUCUCAAGAGUGAAAUUGACCUUCAACCUCCACAUCCCAAAUCACCACAAGCCUCAAAAGUGGAUGCAGAUGUUGCUUUAGGAAGAGUAAUAAACAAUUUGCACAUUCAGGUCUGACUUUAUUCUGGA